AUGGAUGCAUCGAUCGCUAUCGCGUUGAUAUUUGCUUCUAGACGUAGAAAACGGAGCAGAGGAAGGAUUUGGGCAAAACAAUGGUUUCUAGAGCGUGGACAUAAUAUUUGUGAAUCAUUGGUCAAAUACCAAUAUAUCUUUAAUUCUAUACCUCUCCAGGCUAACCUGAAUUGUAUAGCAUUAUCUACUCAGAAGGAACUUGUAGAAUUAGAUAUAUCUAAAAUAAUACACCCACCAAAUUGGCUCGAUGAUGAAACAGAGUAUGAUAUUGAAUAUCUUAAAAAUCCAAGUCAUCAGCCACCAGAAAUAUCUGAAUUCUUGGUUGUCCAGACACCUCAAGAUUCCCCUCAACUGGUAUCUAGUAAUCCAAGCGCUGCACAUACACCAAAUACUCCUUAUGUUCCUUCUGCUCCUGGAGCUUUUCCUAUUGGUACAUUCCCUUACGCUCAAACAGGGCGUGGUACUAGCGUUGUGAAAAAUUUUCAUAUUCCUGGUGUAAAUAAUGCAUUUAUGACAAAUUUUAUAAUUGAUCGAAGUUGGCGAUUGAUUAAUUUGAUCCAAAGACGUCAAAUUCCAGGUGUAAGAAGAAUUGGUUCCCAUCCUCAUCUUCCACAUUAUUUAACUGGUAGUGCUGAUGGAAGUGUGAGAUUCUGGGAAUGGGGACAUACUCAAGCUUUAAGUAUCUUACGUCAACCUGGUUCCUUUCCUAAAGUUACUAAAGUAUUAUUUAAUGCACAGGGUAAUAAGUGUUGUGUGAGUGAUAUAGAAGGUUCUAUAUGUUUGUGGCAAGUUGGUCUUGGUAGUAGUUUCAACAAACCAAUAAUGAGUUUAUCAUGCCAUAAUAAAACAACUAGUGAUUUUACAUUUGUUGGUUCAUCUAGUCUUAUUGCUACUGCUGGUCAUUCUUCAGAGAAUCGUAAUGUAUGUUUGUGGGAUACACUACUUCCAAAACGAAGUUCACUGGUACAUGCAUUUAAAUGUCAUGAACAUGGUAGUCCUGCUGUUGUUUAUGCACCACAACAUCAGUUAUUAAUAAGUGGUGGAAGGAAGGGCGAAAUCUGUAUAUUCGAUUUACGUCAGCGCCAACUAAGACACACAUUCACAGCACAUGAUGGUCCUAUAAAAUGUCUAACUAUAGAUCCUGAAGAAGAAUACUUUGUAACUGGAUCAGCAGAAGGAGAUAUCAAGGUUUGGGCUUUAGAUGUUCAUCAAUUAAUAUUUUCCUUCCCUGGUGAACACAGUAAGAGUAAUUUCUUUAGAAAUGUUGGUUCUACUUCGGGAGUUGCUCAAGUAGCAAUUGGUCCUAAUCAUCAUUUAUAUUCCUGUGGCGUGGAUGGUUCUAUGAAAUUCCGACAACUACCUGAAAAAGAACUGCUGGUUCAUCAUUGGACAUAA